AUGACAAAAGACCACCAAGAGGAUAUCAGCAUGCGAGAGCAGAAGGAUAUCCGCUUGUCUACGGGGCCGGAGUCAUGGUUCUGCGCGUGGGUGGGAGACCUACGCCGUGGUUCAUGGGGGCAGUUCGUCGAAACCAUGAGCCAACCUAGGACGCGAACUCCGACGCAAACACCCGCUACCUGGAUCAUCCUGACCCCUUGGACUCGUGAAAAACUCCUGUUCAAUACGGUGGCCGUGGGCUGUCGCAAGAGAGCUGCCGGGCUCUACUGGCUGGCGCAACAGAAGACGUGGGACGCCUCACAGCUGAUUCAGGCGUUUUUGAACAACUCUACCUUCUGUGUGGGGGGCCCCUAUCAGCUCCUCAAUGUGGCUACGAAGUCAGGGGCCACGUCGGCGCUCGGAGGCCUCAUUCUUCCUAUGGAGGUACCUACUGAGGGACCCUCUAGAGAAACUCAUGAUCCUCUCCAGCGUCUCCCUACAGAGCUCAGGCAAACAAUACUGGCAUCUAUACCGGAUCCUCGAUCCAUGCGCUGCGCUACCCUUAGCUGUCACGCGUACUAUGUUGCCUUCAAGCAGAAUGAAGUCAGCUUGGUUCGAGAGGUUCUCAUCAACUACGUCGGGUACGACACUCUGCUUGAAGCCACCAUCGCUUACCGAUGUGAGCCUCCCUACCUCAGUACCCGUGUUGAGGACCCGAUGGUGCCGAAUGAUGGAGAACAAGAUCAACUCUACAACUUCAUUUCCGGAUUCCUCCGAGACUACCGCCGUCGAGAAGCUGUAUCGACCAAGUGGACAUCACUAGAUGCCCUUGCCCUUAACGACUUCCACCGACAUGUCGUUUCCAGGCUUCUAGAUCGCUUCCUCCGCGCUUGUUCUCAGACAUCCGAGUUCCCGCUACAGCAAAGCUUCGAGUCAAGCCCGGCGACCCCACGCGAGAAGGAUAGGAUUGCACGUGGGUUAUAUCGCUUCGAAACGUUCCGUGAACUCUUCGGAUGCUUGAGUUAUCAGGGCCAGAUGCUUACGGAUUAUGCUGCCAUCUUUCUCUCGAGAUAUCCCCCAUGGGAAAUCGCGCAGAUCGGUUGCAUGAAUGAUUUCCUAGCCAGAGAAGUCAUCCCAGGUCACCACCCUGUCCAGUGA